AUGGUGGCGACCCCGGCGGAGCAGGCGCUAGGCGCGUUCCUUGGGCUAGAUGAGACGACUGUCACAGAGCAAAUCUUGCCGUAUUUGUCCACACAUACCACGCCAAAAGCGCUACGCAUGUACUUACAAGAUUUGAUCGGGACCUCAUCGGAGGCCAAGGCCCUCGCAGAUCAAGUCGUAGCGCAGCGAUUUCCUACCCAUGCCGAGCCCACCCGCAAACGCGAUACCAAACCGAUCCGACUCACGCCUGGGACGGUGGUAGCCGCCUUGGCAGAGUCAGAAGAACGUGCGAUGCCACGUACGCUCGAGCCGACCCCCGAGAUGAAGGCAUUGGAUUUGGCGUUCGCCAUGGUCUCUACCGAACCUAGCUCAUCUGCAGCACAGGCCUAUGCUCCGACAAUACGAUGCAUCUGUCUCUGCCAGGGCCGACGGCAUCCCCUGGCCGCGUGGGUCCCACAGUGCACGUCAUGUGGCCUCCUAUUGUGUGAAGCGCUACGUCCCGUGGUCGUGUCCCCUUUCUCCGUAUGCCCUUCAUGCCAGAAAAGCCCCAUUGUCACCUCGUCUGCACGUGCCCGACUCUUGAGCUCCAUGGUCGAACGUCGCGAGCGCUUGGCCCGCGAGCAAUGGGACCACGAGGCAAAACGGCACGCGGAAUGGCAGUUACAACGCACGAGUGGUCGCGUCCCCGACCAACCCUUCCCCACGCUGCAUGGCACACCAACACCAACUCCGUCCAAGCCACCCACUCAACGCAACCGCGUGCUUCGUCUUGACACGAAGACACACAAAGUCACAAUUGCGCCUUCGAAGCCGGCCGCCAAGGCUGGAAAAAAAGGAACAACAGCGCCAGGAGGUGCGUCCCAGGAUACCGAGGAGGAAUGGCGUACGACAGCGGAGGAUGGGAGUAUGCUUGUGCAUGAUUACGAUGACGAUCAGUUUCGUGAGCGCUAUGCGCCAGAGGCUUCGAUCUCCUCAGCUUCCCCUACCAAGGCAAGUUGGGCAGGGCUGUCGUCCCAGUUGCUAUGGACGCCUACCUAUGUACCUGCAACACAACGAGAUGCAGCCAUGGCGCCUUUGGUCUCAGACAUCCUGACAGAAGUCCCCGACAUGGACUUGCUGCUGCAACGCAAGCCACCUGGCAGCACGUCCACUGAUACCCGCCGACAAAAUCGGUCCAAGGCAAGUGCCUCUGCGAUCGCACGCAGCCAAGGCCGAAAAUCGGGUAAGGCUGGCAAGAAACGAUAG